AUGUUUAUGCGUAAACAUCCUUCACCUUCGACGACUGGUCUCGUACCCGAACAUGAGGCUCUGACCUCGGAGACCGCGAGAGUCUGUCACCGCUUAAACUUGCAUCGCGCACGCGCUGGCGCUGGCGCCCUCCCCUUCAUCCUUGAUCCUCGUCCGUCUAUCGUCACUUCGUGGUCGCCAAAGAAACGCCAUACGGCCAUUAUCUUGUGGCUUUCUUCCCCCUCCUCUUCAUACGUGGCAUCGGGAACGACUAUCUCCCCGGAUGGCUUCGGUCUCGUGGACGCAGAUCAUACCAUCAUGACGUUGAGUCCUGCCGUUUUCUUCAAUGAUUUGAUCACAGUUCCGUUCGGCUGUUAA